AUGAAUCACUCUGCUAGAACAACUAUGGUUAAACAUGUUUUGAAUGCUUUGCCUACUUAUCAAAUGGGGUGCUUUAGAAUUCCUAAAACUAUGAUAGAUCAUAUGGACUCCAUCCAAAAACACUUUUGGUGGGGACAUAUUGAUAAUAAGGGUCUUUGUUUGAUAGGAUGGAACAAGCUGCAUGUUCCAAUGACUCUUGGUGGCCUUGGUAUUAGGAACCUUGAACACUUUAAUACAACUUUGUUAACUAAGGUUGUUUGGAAAGCCUGUAAUAAUGAUAGCUCUUUGUGUAUGCAGAUUGUUAGAGCCAAAUAUGGUAAGAAGGGUAAUUUACUUCACCCAGAUAAAUCAAAAGAGGGUUGCUAUUGGCUUUGGAGGAGUAUAUACUCUGGCAUUGAAGUUGUGCAACAACAUUCCAAAUGGAUUGUUCAAUGUGGCAAAAAAAUUAAAAUCUGGCUAGACAAUUGCAUUAUUGGUCUUAAUAGUCCACCUGUUCCAACUGUGGGACUUUCUAUCUUUGUUUCUUUUACAUUUGUUUGUGAUUUAUUCUACCCUGGUACUAGAGUUUGGAAUGAACAAAUUAUUAGUGCUAUCUUUGAUGUAGAAACUUCUAAUGCUAUUCUCAGUAUGUAUGUGCCUGAUACAGGGGAGGAUUAUCUAAUCUGGAAACCAGAUAGGAGAGUUUGGUACAUAUGGAAGGAUAGAUGCAGUUGGAUUUUCCAGACUGUAAAACCUAAUGUUCACAGUUCUCUUACUAAAAUCUAUAAUCUGAUUAAACAAUGUGAAUCUGUUUCUGUCUCAUCUAGUGUUUCUAGCAGCAAGCGUAUUCUUCCUAAAAUUUGGUUUCCACCAGAUACAGGCUAUAUUAAAGUCAACAUUGAUGUUUCUUAUGUUUAUGAAACAAAAAAGGGUAUCAUUGGACUAAUAGUUCGUGAUCAUGCAGGGCAUGCACUAGUAAUGAAAGGUUUUAGCUUGGAAGAAGAAAUGGAAGCUGAGGUUGGAGCAGAACAUUUUGAAUGUAAAGCCUUGAUCAAAGCUGUAGAAUGGAUAGAAGAAUAUGGAUUCAAUAAACUGAUAAUUGAGACGGACUACGAGAACUCGUUUUGCAAGUUAGUUAAUAGAUUAAGUAAUAGUGUGGCUCAGGAGUUAGCAAGAAAAGCUAGACUUGAAGCUAGUAGUUUCUCUUUUGUCUCGAAUUUUCCUCCAGACAUUGUUAAGUGGAUUGAGGAUGAUCAUGUUCUCUCUGGAAGAGUUUAA